UCCUCACUCCCAUCUUCUUCCCCAACCUCAACCUGCCCCCCUUCCCCGCCUCACAUCACCCAAAGAUCUCCCAAAAUCUCCCGACUUCUCGCCUCCGGCGAUUCCGUCUCCACGCCACUCCCUCCCGCGCGCGGCAUCGGCUCGGAUCCGCCCGCCGCCAGCAGCGGCGGCAGCCCCCCCGUGCCGCCAUUCCCCCCGGCCGCGUCGUCCGGUUGUUGGCGUCGGUUUGCUCCGUUCCAGCUCCCGUUCCUGCUGUUACCGGAUCUCGCGAGGAACCCAGCUGACAUGGGCGAGGUCCGGGCGGGGUUGGAGGCCUAGGGCGCCGGCGCCACUCGCCAUUUGAUUCGAUUCCGAGGAGGGGACGCGCCAUGCGCUGCUCUUGCUCCUCGGAUUGAUAUUUUGGCUCGCGCUUCCCUGCCUCCCCGACGAGAAUUCUCCCGAUUCCCCCCCGCCCUUUUGUCCUCUCUGAAGCCCGGAUCGAAAGAUCCAAUUCGCGGGGCAUUCCUCUCAACCGAUUCCGGAGGGACUGUCCCUGUCAAUCGCUCUCACAAUCUCGCCCUCGUUAAAAAUCCUCUCUUGUUCCUCUCCAGCACCAAGAUCCAAUCCCCCCUACCGCCGCUCGCAUUCCGCGGCUGCCGGAGAUGACGCCGUCGGUCACGACGCACGCCUCGCCGCUACUGCUCUCCCUGCUCCUGCUCGUCUCCAUCCCGACCGUCUUCCUCCUCGUGCCGCGUCUCAUCCCACCAAAGACGCUCCCGGCCAUCCCGGACGCGGACGAGUCCGACGACCUGGCCCUCUUCCGCCGAGCCAUCCUCUCCUCCUCCUCCUCCGCCGCCAAACCGGCGACCAACUCCUUCUUCCACCGCCGGCCAACGCCCAAGGUCGCGUUCCUCUUCCUCACCAACUCCGACAUCGUCUUCUCGCCGCUCUGGGAGAAGUACUUCCACGGGCACCGCCAGCUCUUCAACAUCUACGUCCACGCCGACCCCUCCUCCAUCCUCGACCUGCCGCUCACGCCCACCUUCCGCGGCCGCUUCGUGCCGGCCAAGGCCACGCAGCGCGCCUCCCCCACGCUCAUCUCCGCUGCGCGCCGCCUCCUCGCCACCGCCCUACUCGACGACCCCUCCAACCAGUUCUUUGCGCUGCUCUCGCAGUCCUGCAUCCCGCUCCACCCCUUCCCCACCAUGUACAACGCGCUCCUCUCCGACAAUGCCGGCCCCCACGGCCGCCACCGCAGCUUCAUAGAGAUUAAGGACAAGGACUGGGUGCUCCAUGAUAGGUACUACGCCCGCGGCGACGAGGUCAUGCUGCCGGAGGUGCCGUACGACCGGUUCCGUUCCGGGUCGCAGUUCUUCGUGCUCACCAGGAGGCAUGCCAUCCUGGUUGUCAGGGACAUGAGGCUCUGGAAGAAGUUUAAGCUGCCCUGUUUGAUCGAGCGCAAGGACUCGUGCUAUCCGGAGGAGCACUACUUCCCGACGUUGCUCGACAUGCAGGACCCCGACGGGUGCACCAAGUAUAGCCUCACCAGGGUCAACUGGACAGAUCAAGUCGAGGGCCACCCGCACACCUAUCGUCCUGGGGAGGUGUCCGCAAGACUCAUCAGGGAGCUCAGGAAGUCCAAUGCCACUUACUCCUACAUGUUUGCCCGCAAAUUCGCCCCUGAGUGCCUUGAGCCGCUCAUGCAGAUCGCGGACUCCGUCAUCCUACGUGACUAGGCCAGCAGCACCCGCCAUUUUUUGGGGGUGUCGGAUACGCUGAGGGUUGUGAUGUGAUGAACAAGCGCAAGCUGGUCCAUCUAUGCCCUCCAGAUCUUUUUGAGGAACAAACUUGUCCCAUCCUUGCUCUUCUCUUCCGUGCUUCAAAGAUUUUCCGGUAAUAGAUGCUGCUGGUCGGAGAGUAUGGUAUGGCCACGGAUUGUCGCUGUGUGAGUAUGCUGUUUGAACGAGACCACUUCUUGCCAAGCAAUAGGUCAGUAGUUAGCAUGAUCAUCCUAUGUAUUACAUGGACCCAGAGGCACUCUUGUCAAUACAUUCAGCAAAGGACUGAUCAUUUGUAGUUUCUAUUGCGUAUAUAACAUGGCAUGCCUGUUGUCGAUAAUGUAUUUUGGUGUUUUGUGUUCA